CGGAAUCUAGCCCUAUUUCCCUUUCCUCUUUUCCAUAUUUUUCCCGAGACGAGCGAGAUCCGCGAAGGCUCCAUUUCGAAUUUCGAAGCGAAGAGGACGCCUGAUUGUUGUUUUUUCAACGAUCUCUUCGAUUCGAUUUCUUACUGGUUUCGAAUCGGGAGUUCGUGAACGAUGGGCGAUUUCAAUCUCGCUCUCGUAAUCGUCGCUAUUGUCGUCUGUGUGAUUGUAUUCAUCUUCAAUGUGUACCUUCUGAUUAAUUAUCAGCAUCCUGAUGACAAGAACCAGGCGUAUUUUCCUAAAUUUGUCGUUGUUUUCGGUCUGUCUAUUGCGUUGAUAUCCAUUUUGAUGUUACCGGCCGACGUCGCUAACCGACAGGCAUGCAAGCACGCUUUGUAUAAUGGUGCAUGUAACCUUACAUUGCCGAUGAAGGAUCUAUGGCUCGCUAUCUAUAUCGUCGAUGCUCUUCUCGUCUUCUUCAUUAUUCCUUUCGCCAUGUUCUACUACGAAGGAGACCAGGACAAGGGCAUUGGGGAACGGAUGAAAAGCGCCAUGAUAUGGGUUGUGGUAAUGGCCAUUGUCUGUGCUCUCCUGUUGGGAAUUUUAUACGGGUUCGUUGGAGAAGUUGACUUUACUGUUAUGCAUCUCUCUUCAAACACUGCUUCUUUUCCGAAUUCAUGGGAGUUCUCUAGCAGCCAACCGUGCAUUGGAAAUGGUGCCCACCAGUGUUCGGCAUUCACGGCAAAUGCUUCAUCAGAGAAAACGUGGACAAUGCGCACUACUUUUCCCGAAUAUGUUGUUGCUCUUGCCACUAUUGUUGGAUCCGUACUCUUCUCUGUAUNUGGAGGUGUUGGCAUUGCUUGUCUGCCCUUGGGCCUCAUUUUCUCAUUUGUUAGGCGUCCAAAGGCUGUUAUCACUCGUUCACAGUAUAUCAAGGAAGCAACAGAUUUGGGAAAAAAGGCAAGAGAACUGAAGAAAGCUGCUGAUUCACUCCAUCAAGAAGAAAGAAGUGGUUCUAAGGGUAGAAAAUGGCGAAAGAAUGUGAAGGCUGUAGAGAAGGAGUUGCUUCAAUUGGAAGAAGAUGUAAAUCUUUUAGAAGAGAUGUACCCACAGGGAGAAAAGGCGGAGACUGCAUGGGCAUUGACCGUUCUUGGCUACUUGGCAAAACUUGUGUUGGGAGUUUUGGGGUUGAUUGUUUCAGUGGCCUGGGUUGUACAUAUCAUUAUAUAUCUGCUAGUUGAUCCCCCGCUGUCUCCUUUUCUAAAUGAAGUUUUUAUCAAGCUGGAUGAUGUUUGGGGUCUUCUUGGAACUGCAGCAUUUGCAUUCUUCUGCUUCUACCUUCUUCUAGCAGUGAUUGCGGGAGCCAUGAUGCUUGGCUUGAGACUAGUUUUUAUCACAAUUCAUCCUAUGAAGUGGGGAGCCACACUGAUGAACUCUUUCCUGUUUAAUGUGGGGCUCAUCCUCCUAUGCUCUAUCAGUGUGAUUCAAUUUUGCUCCACGGCAUUUGCGUACUAUGCACGAGCAACUGCAGCACAAGAAAUCUUUGGACACACAUUGCAGUCUCUUCGCGGUAUCAGAUAUUUGUACAAGUAUAAUGUUUUCCAAAUAGCAUUCGUUGCGUUGGCAGGAUUGACCUUCGCGUAUUAUGCUGCCUUUGGAUGGAGAAGAAAAAAGCCUUCUGGCAGGUUCCAGCUCUCCUCGUAACUGUAUUUCUUGCCUCGACAAAUCAAAAACCGACUAGGCCAAUAAAUUCUUUCAUGUUCGUCAUCCUUUUUAGACUAAUUUGAUUUGAAGGUCGUGUUCGGCGGAGACUUUCAUUGUUGAAUCUUGUGAAGUUGGCUGAAAACAUCCAGAGAGUUGACUGACCUCCAUAUACAAAAUGACAUGGUGAGUGGUGCGACUGUUUGUACUUUAAAAGGCUUUUGUAUGUAUUGUUUCUUUAAUUUGUGUUGUUAUACAUUCGGGUAGGCAUGUAAAAUUGAAGGUUGGUUGGUUGGUUGGUUCUUUGCACACUGGAAAAUGAUUCCUUAGGAAAGGCAUUUCUUUGUAAUAUAUAAGCCAAUUGAGGAUUAAUUCUUGUAUCA